UAUAGGGUAUGCUGCCCCUCUCCUCCCCUUCUCGGUAGAUGGGGGUGACAUUGUGGAAUGGCUUCCCCUAGAUUCCAGUCGUUUUGCUGUGUCCGCCAAGACACCGCCUCCGCCGGACUCGCGAGUUUGAACACCACUGUCUGCCAUCAUCUGUGUUCCUGGAUUGUCUCCCCUGCUCCAGAUUCCAGUCUCCAGCUGUGAGAGGAAUCUGAAGUAUGCAAUCCCUCACUACCUCGCCACGUACCUGCCUCUCCUCCUCAUGCUACUGGCCAACCCACCCCUUCUGUCGAGGGCCCAGGCUUCAGCAGAGCGGCUCCUACACUGCCAGUGAGAGGCUCCAGAUGAAAAACAUCAGGCAACGCUUCUUGAAGAUAAUGGUCACCUUUACCGUGUGCUGGCUGCCCAACCUCCUCAGCAAGGCACUGCUGUUCUUAAUCGACAUGGACCAUGCCUGGAGCUCCGCCCCCUCACAGGCCCUGCGAUCAGCAGCCCUCACCACCUGGGCGCUCACGGCUGUUCUGAACCCCAUGUACGCCUUCCUCCAGCCCCUUGCUUUCCGCAAGUGGACGGGCUGCGGUCUCAAUGUUUGCACAUGGGGGCGCUAUUGCAAGGUGGAGCAGUGCUGUUGCAGGGGAAAGAGAGAGAAGGAAGAGACAGAGACAGAGAGCGAGUCUGAGGUUACUAUGGAAAACCUCCUCAAACCCCAGAGCAUGGUCAGACCGUGGGAGUCUCUUAAUCGACAGGUCCAGCAGCCUGCCUCUCAGUCAGGUUGCAGCAGCUCAGAUGUGGAGGGCAAGGCGCUCUGGCUGGUCUCGGCUUGCUGCUCCAAGAGCUCCCUGCUGGCAGCAGAACAGCAGCUGAGGGCAAAGAGGACCCAAGCCUUGACUGGACUAAGGGCUUAAACAUGCUGGGCUCUGAGGGUGGACAGCACUCGACCACGGACCGGACAGGAAUGUAUAUCAUAAGAAAACUGAAUUUAUUAUAUACUGUAAUCCUUACUGUUUCUCCUACUUGAAGGGUGGUGUGAAAUCUGUACUACUUUUGUCCUAGAAAGGAGAAUGCAAGAUCUUAAUUGGCAGCUUCUUAUUUGUAGUGCGGGAUCGCUGACAACACAAAUUCCUGAGGUAAUGCUUAGGAAACCUUAAAAACUGAACCUUUGCCUUGUAAAUGUUUUCCGUAUUCCAGUGAAUGAAUUAUUGUCCUAACAGAAUGCAGAAUAAAUACAAAAGCGUUCUUCACUGCCCUCUA